GUUACCCUGUUCGGAUAGGCCUUUGACGAUACACUUCCUUCCCUUCUCUCCCUUCCCAUCUUCAUCUUCAAGACACCCAGUCCGGUCAACACCACCCCGUCGACAAAAUGUCUACCGCUGAGCUCGCUGUCUCCUACGCCGCUCUGAUCCUUGCCGACGAUGGCAUUGAGAUCACCGCCGACAAGAUUCAGACUAUCCUGACCGCCGCCAAGGUCCAGGAGGUUGAGCCCAUCUGGGCCUCCAUCUUCGCCAAGGCUCUCGAGGGCAAGGACGUCAAGGACCUCCUGACCAACGUUGGCUCUGCUGGCCCCGCCGCCGCCGGUGGCCCCGCUGCUGCCGGUGGUGCUGCUGCCCCCGCUGAGGCCGCCGCUGAGGAGAAGGAGGAGGAGAAGGAGGAGUCCGACGAGGACAUGGGCUUCGGUCUGUUCGACUAAGCGCCUUCACCGUCCCGAAUUUGAAGUCGUUUCCUUUUUGCUCUUUCCCUCAUCUUUUAUUCCGCCUCCGCCUCAUGGCUUCCUCGACGAUUCUCUCUUGUACUCGAUACUCCACGACCCCUGCUACGAAGAUCCAAAUCACGGGGAAGAAAAAAAAGAAAAUAGCAAAAGAUUCAAACGGACAUGGACAUUCAAUGGAGACUGGGUGCCCGGGCUACCCCCGAUUCACAAAGUGACGGGAUUAGACCCGGUCGGUUGCCGAUGUGAUACCGAAACUAGUGUUGCUUCCAGGAUUAUAGGGGAAAUUGAAGACAGACGUUUGGCACACCUUUUUUUCUGAUUUGUCCAUGGCCGUGACGUAAAAGUCCGGUCUGGCAGGUGUAGAGAUGCAUGCUGUGUUUCCAUGCUUUUCCCCCUGCUCGAUGAUCUAGCUCUGUUCAUGUCCUCUCUCAUGCGACCAUGAACAAAAGAAUUAUCUUUGUGAU